AUGAGGAUUUCUCUCGAGAUACUCAGCGAUUUGGUCAAAAGCUUGAGUUCACCACGAAUGACAGAGAGAAGCGCACAAGAAUUCGCGAUUUUAAUCGAUUCCUUAGCUCAGAGCUCACAGUUUGGGACAGUAGCCGGGUCGAGCCCGUUCGGAGUAUACGAGAUGGAUUUCGGGUGGGGAAGACCCGUUAAAGUUGAUGUUAUCUCCAUUAGAGAAGAAAAAAAUCUCAAUGUCAGAGAGACGUGA